GGCGGGAACUGUGGCCCAUGGGAGCUGUGGGGGCGGUGCCUGCAGGCAGAGGCAGUAUGCACCGCAGAGCAUGUUUUAGUCAGGGGUAUAUAGUAAAAGUCAGGGACGGGUCAUGGGCCGUGAAUUUUUGUUUACUGUCCGUGACUUUUACUAAAAAUACCCGUGACUAAAACGUAGCCUUAAUUAUAAUUCAUAUGUGCUUGAGCUUUGUAUCAAUAUGUAGUUUAAAAUGUUUGUUGCUACAGUAGAUAACAUAUCUGUAAUUGACACUCAAUGGGCAGAUUGUUUCUUACUGUUGGUCUACAUAGAGAAGUUGUACUAUAGCUUCAGUCUCCUUUAAAAUGGAUAAACAAUUUGUAAACCCUGGAUGAAUGCUCUUAAAUCCAUUUAAUUAUAUCAAUUAAAAUUAAGCUGGUGUGACUUCUGCAGCUAGACGAGGCCUUAUUUCUUUAUCCUGUAAAUUUGUCUUGGUUGACCAUAUUAUAAUCUUAACUCUACAGUUUUAACACAAUUUUAUGUAACACUUGAUUCCUUUUUGGAAUAGGAAGUGAAAGGUUUCCUUGCUACAGAAAAAUGAGUUGGCAGACAUCUUAGAAUUAACUCUUCGCUCUAUUGUUUGCCUGAAAAAUGGGAGUGGCAAAUACAAAAUGCACUUUCUCAAAAGAUCGGCUCCUUUUAUUUUUUUAUUUUAUUUUUUUUUUUCAGUUUAGGAGAAAUAAGAUCCUAUUUUGUACUCUGAUCCUGAAAACUGACUUCUAGGAACUGGGCUAUAGAACAGUGCCUCUGUUUUGGCAUUGUAUACAAACAUUAAAGAAUAUUUUUAUUGAAUUUUACAAAUACUGUGCCAGUUAUGGCAGUCUGCAUUGAGGUCUUAUUGGCCCUUAAAGUGGGUGUAUAUCAUUUAUCCUUCCCCAAAGUAAUUUGUAUUCAAACAUGCAUUACUUGUUGAUGCAACUUCCAGUUCACGAAUCAUGGUGUGCAUAAUGCAUCCCAGGGACUCAUUUUGUGUUAAGUAUUAUGGGACUGUUCCAGGCCGGAGGUUCUCCUGUGAAAUCAUUGAUCAUGUUAUCGUCUCAUACUUCUGAUCCAUUAGCAUUUUGAUUACUUGCCAAGUUUCUGUGCCAAAUAACGUUUAUGCUUGCUUCUGACAGUCAAUAGCUUCUGGAUCUUCCUGGGACUCUGCUUCACCUUUUUCAUAACAAAAGAUAGUAUCAGAGUUCACUCAGUUCUGAGCUUAAUCUUUACUUGAACGAACUGUCUGAAUUUAGUAAAUUUCAAAAGAAAUAUCCUAUUCUAACCUGUGUCUGGAAAACUGUUUUACCUGUGAAUAGUCACAUAGACUUUAAUGCCAGAAGGGACCAUCAUGAUUAUCUAGUUUGACCUCCUACACAUUGCAGGUCACAGAACUUCACCCAUGCACUCCUGUGAUAGACCCAUAACCUCUGGCCAAGUUACUAAAGUCCUUGAAUCAUGAUUUAAACUUAAAGACUUCAAGUUACAGAGAACCCACCAUUUACUGUAAUUCAAACCAGCAAGUGACUCAUGCUGCAGAGGAGGUGGAAAAAAACAAUCCAGGGUCAUUGCCAGUCUGACCUAGGGGAAAAUUCCUUCCUCUCCCCAGAUAUGGUGAUCAGUUAGACCCUGAGCAUGUCAGCAAGACCUACCAGGCAGACACCUGGGAAAGAAUUCAUUGUAGUAACUCAGAGCCCUUCCCACCUAGUGUCCCAUCUCUAGCCCUUGGAGAUAUUAGCCUCCAGCAGUCGCAAAGGGGCCACAUGCCAUUGUAGGCCAUAUCAUAUCAUUCCCUCCAUAACUUUAUCAAGUUAAGUCUUGAAACCAGUUAGGUUCUCCUCCUCACCCCCCAUUGCUCCCUUUGUGGGGCUGUUUCAGAACUUUACUACUCUGAUGGUUAGAAAUCUUCAUCACAUUUCAAGCCCAAACUUGUUGAUGGCCAGUUUAGAUCUUUUUUCUUGUGCCAACAUUUUCCCUUAUCUUAAAUGACCCCUCUCCCUCCCUGGUGUUUAUCCCUCUGUUGUAUUUAGAGCAAGCAAUCAUGUCUUCCCUCAGCCUUAGUUUGGUUAGUCUAAACAAGCUAAGCUCCGCAAGUGUCCUCUUGUAAGGUAGGUUCUCCAUUCCUCUGAUUAUCCCAGUAUCUCUUCUCUGCACCUGUUCCAGGUGGAAUUAAUCUUUCUUAAACGUGGGAGACCAGAAUUUCACACACUAUUCCAGAUGAGGUCUCACCAGUGCCUUGCAUAAUGGUAAUAACACUUCUCUAUCUCUACUGGACUUGCCUCGUCUGAUUCAUCCUAAAAUUGCAUUAGCCAUUUUCAUGGCUGCAUCACAUUGGUGGCUCAGUCAUUCUGUGAUCAACCAAUACACCCAGAUCUUUCUCCUCCUCUGUUGCUUUCAGCUGAUAUGUCUCCCACUGAUUGAUAGAAAUUCUUGUUUGUUCCUGAGUGCAUGACUUUAAACUAUUAAAUUUCAUCACAUUUCCAUUAUUCCAGUUUUCAAGGUUAUGCAGAUCUUCUUGUAUGAUAGUCUGGUCUUCCUCAGUAUUGUCAGUACCUCCCAACUUUGUCAUCCACAGAUUUUAUUAGCACACUCGCAUUUUUUGUGCCACGGUCAUUAAUGAAAAUAAGUAAUAUUGGUCCCAAGACCGAUCCCUGAUUAGCUCCACUAGUAACCUCCCUCCAGCUUGACAGUUCACCUGUCAUUAUGACCUGAUGUAAUCUCCCCUUUAUCCAGUUCCUUUCCCUACCUUUUAGUUCUCAUUUUAAUCCCCAUCUUCUCAAAUUAACUAAUUUUCCAUGUAGAAAUGUGUCAGUGCCUUACUGAAAUCCAAGUAGAUUUGAUCUGCUGUAUUUCCUUUGUCUAGAAAAUAACUUAUCUUCUCAAAGAAAGACAUCAGAUUGAUCUGGUACAAUCUGCCAGUUUUUUCCAAAGUACCGUUUAUCUCUGUAUUUUUAACUACUUUUUCAAAAUUUGUUGCAAGACCUUUCAUACAAUUGAGGUCAACUAACAGAUUUGUAGUUUACUGGAUCACUUCUUUUCCCUUAAAAAUAGAUAAUAUAUUAGCAGUGCUCCAGUCAGAGGGUACGGACCCCAAGUUUAUAGAUUCAUUAAAAAUCCUUGUUGUAGGGCUUGCAAUUUUAUGUGCAGAUUCCUUUAAUAUUAAUGGAUGGAGAUUAUCCAGGCCCCCUGAUUUGAUCCCAUUAAGCUGUUUGAAUUUGACUUCCAUCUCGGAUGUGGUCAUUUUCUACUUCCAUAUCCUCAUAUUCAUUAGCCACCCUUAUCUUGCCCAAGCUCCUUGUAACCCUUAUUAAAAACUGAGGCGAAGUAUUAAUUUAGGUGUUGGGCCAUGCUUGGUAAUUGCAAAAAGUAUCCCGUCCUCAGUGCUCUAGCCGUCCCACUUCUUCACUUGUUUUCGUUUUAUUUAUAUGGCUAAAAACCUUUUACUAUUGGUUUUAAUUUCCUUUGCAUAGUCCAACUCUGCUUAGCUUUUGGCAGUUCUCACUUUUUUCCUAUACUUUCUGACUUCCAAGAGGUAGCUUUCCUUGCUGAUCCGUCCCUUCUUCCAUUCCUUGUAAGAUUUCUGCUUUCCCUUAACCUUUUUGAGAUCCUUGUUCAUCCAGUUUGGUCUGGAACCUUCGCUACAAAUUUUUUCUCCUUGCUUGGGAUGCAGGCUUCAAAUAUUGUCUACAACUUUGACUUAAAGUAAAUCCAAGUCUCUUCCACGUUGAGAUCCUUGUUCUUCCCUAACUACUUGCCCUAAUUUAUUAAAGUUUUCCGUUUUGAAAUCAAGGAACCUAAUUGCAGACUAUUUUUGUUUAUCCUUCCAUUUAGUUUAAACUGAAUUUGGCGCAUGAAUUGCUCAAACCACGGUUUUCCUCUACAACCAGUUCUUCGGUGAGGUCCUUGCUACUUACCAAUACUAAAUCUAAAAUGGAAUCACCUCUUCUUGGUUCGGUGACUAUCUGAUGAAAAAAUUUGUCAGCUAUCUGUCAGAAUUAAUUUGGCCUGAAACAUUUCUUGAUCAUAAUAUAGUUUAAUUCUUACAAUUUUUUCCUCUUCAGCUGAGUAGGAGAACUCUAUCAUACUGAAAUUCAGAUAAUCUCUCCUACUGCAUUGUUUUUGGCUGCGAAAGUGGAAGAACAGCCACGAAAACUCGAACAUGUUAUCAAAGUAGCACAUGCAUGUCUUCAUCCUCAAGAGGCACAGCUGGAUACAAAAAGUGAUGCAUACCUUCAGCAGGCCCAAGAACUGGUUAUACUUGAAACAAUAAUGCUUCAAACUUUAGGUUUUGAGAUUACCAUUGAACAUCCACACACAGAUGUUGUGAAAUGUACGCAGUUAGUGAGAGCAAGCAAGGAUUUGGCACAGACAUCCUAUUUCAUGGCUACCAACAGCCUGCACCUUACUACCUUCUGUCUUCAGUACAAACCCACAGUGAUAGCAUGUGUGUGCAUUCAUUUGGCAUGCAAGUGGUCCAAUUGGGAGAUUCCUGUAUCGACGGAUGGAAAGCAUUGGUGGGAAUAUGUUGAUCCUUCAGUUACUCUGGAAUUGCUAGAUGAGCUCACACAUGAGUUUCUGCAAAUACUAGAGAAAACACCUAGCCGACUGAAGAGGAUUCGUAAUUGGAGGGCUAAUCAGGCUGCUAAGAAACCGAAAGGGGAUGGACAGGUAUCUGAGAAUUCUCUUCUUGGUUCAUCUUUGGUCCAGAAUUCCAUUUUGGUGGAUACCGUUACUGGUGUAUCUGCGAAUACAAGCUUCCAAAAAUCAACGACGUCGACCUUUCCUGCACCAGUACCUCUGAACUCAGGAAGUAUGUCUGUUCAACACAGUCAUGCACCUGAAAACUUGGCAAUAUUAGCUACAGGAAUGCCAAGUACCUCAUAUAGUUUGGCAUCGCACCAGGAAUGGCCUCAACAUCAAGAACAAACAAGGACCGAACAAAUAUAUUCUCAGAAACAGGAAACUACUUUACCUGGUAGUCAGUACAAUCUGAACUUCCAGCCGGGAACUUCUGUACAAUUGCAUUCUGGGUUACAUCACAGAUCUGACAAACUUACUGAGCAUUCCACUGGUAAACAAGACUAUGCUCACAAGUCAGGAAACAAACACCAUGGACAGGUUGCUGCUCCUGUAAUUCCUCAGAAAAUGUCCUUGGAUAAAUACAGAGAGAAACGCAAACUAGAAACCCUUGAACUGGAUGUAAGGGAACAUUAUGUAGCUACCCAAGUAGAACAGCAACAUAAAAAGCACAUCCAACCACAAGCAGCCAGUAGCAGUUCUGUUACUUCCCCUAUUAAAAUGAAGAUUCCUGUUGCAAAUGCAGAGAAACCAGAAAAACAUGUGUCUGAUAAAAAAGAAAAGGGUGGAUCACUCAAACUGCGAAUACCAAUCCCACCUACAGAAAAGAGUUCCAGUAAAGAAGAUUUGAAAAUGAAAAUUAAAGUUUCUUCAGAAAGACACAGCUCAUCUGAUGAGGGCAGUGGAAAAAGCAAACACUCAAGUCCACAUGUUAGCAAAGACCAUAAAGAAAAGCACAAAGAACAUUCUUCAAAUCGCCAUCACAGUAGCAGUCACAAGCAUUCACAUAGUGGUGGCAGUAGUAGCGGCGGCAGUAAACAUAGCACUGAUGGAAUGACACCAACUGCUUUGAGGAGUCCUGUUGGCCUGAGUAGUGAUGGUAAUUCCUCUAGUUCCGGCUCUUCAAGAAAGAAGUUGCACAGCAAUGAUGCUUCUCACAACCACCACUCCAAAUUGAGCAAAAGUUCCAAAAGUUCAGGUAGUUCAUCUAGUUCUUCCUCCUCUGUUAAGCAGUAUGUAUCCUCUCACAACUCUGUUUUUAACCUUCCCUUACCCCCUCCUCCCCCUGUCACAUACCAGGUGGGCUACGGACAUCUCAGCACCCUCGUGAAACUGGACAAGAAGCCAGUGGAGAACGGUCCUGAUGCCAGUCACGAGUACAGUACAAACAGCCAGCAUAUGGACUACAAAGAUACAUUCGACAUGCUGGAUUCGCUGUUAAGUGCCCAAGGAAUGAACAUGUAAUCAAUUGUUUAGGUCACUUUUCUUUACUUUUUUCAUUUAAGAAUUGUUAGAAUGGAAAACUUCCUAAUCUAGCAGUAGCAACACCAGCUGUUGUUGCCAUGGUUUCAGUAUAUGUAAGUGCUGCUUUAUCCUUCACUGAAAAGAAGAGGUAUAGUAAACAAGUCUUUAUCUCCACAUACAAUAGUGUUAUAAAUACUGUAAUAGCAUGGAAGGUGCAAAAAUCUCAGUAUUUCUACAACUGCAGCUAAGAACAGUAGAAUGAUCAUCUGCUUUUAGGUGUCUAGGAUGCCUCAAGCAUUGAUUAUUUAAAAUUUUGAAUACUGCAGCCACCAUUUUUGUUGCUUAGCUUUUGAAUGAGUGUAAUUGUUUCCUUGUGUAUUUAUACUGUAUGUAUGAUUUGCAUGUUUCAAAGAUAAAGGGAUUAAAAACAGUAUACUGACAACUGUUUACAAGAAAGUGGAGAAAAAUGUACAUACAUUUUUGUAUGUUUAGAUAUACCAUAAAUACUCAGGAUUGGAGCUGCUUGUAAGUAUAACAAAAUAUACAUAACUUUAUUUUAUCUUGUGUCAGAGUCCAUCAGUAAUCUAAACAAAGGUGACGCUUUGUCAUGUUUAUCUUGAACUGUAGGCCUUAUUGGAAGCUGCUUAAAAGGGCACUUCACUAGAAUGGGUAAUCUAGUACCAUGUGUGGUCAUCCACAGGAGAGCAUCACCAAUGAGGCAAUAAAGGAGUUUGGGCCUCAGUUUGCUGAUUGUGACCAGAUUGACUGCUGAAAUGCACCCCAAGCUUUCUGAAGGAAAAAAGAAUAAAGUUUACAUAAUCUUUUGAUGUGAAGUGCAUUUAAAUGUUUAUUGGCUUGAUGCAGUAAUAUAGGCAGAGCUGUUACUUAAUGAUUACGUAGAUUAAUGUGAGUUAAGAACUGAAAUUCAUAAAAACUUAUAGUGAAAAAUUAGUAAGUUGUUUUUUAAACUUUAAUACCAUAAGUUAUUUUAAUAGUAAACAGGGAUCACUGUUUCCAUUACCAUUUCAGAAUAACAGCCAUGUUCUGAAGUCCAAGAAGUGUAUUUGUGUGUGAUGCCAUAUUUCUUUUACAGGUGAGAAUGCAGUCUUCACAAUAAAUAAGAGUAAAACUAUGAUAUCCCAACUUUCCUUUAUAUUCCAACAAUAAAAUAGUUACCACUGAUUCUCUGUGCAUUGUACUUGUGAUUAGUUACAAAAUUGGAGGUUACUUGUUUUGUUUUUAGCUCUGUGAAAAAUCACUCUUCAAUUAAACCACUAGUAUACACUUUGUCUGUCUGCAAGUGUCAUAAUAUGGCUUGUGUACUGUUUGCACAGUCUUCUGCCUUUUUAGAAGAAAUGAGAGACUUGAACGUUUAUACAUCAUUUUUGUUGAAAGCCAAUACUACAGUUCCCUUUUACCAGCUGACAAUUAACUAAUUUUAUGGUUGCGCUUAAAAUCAUUAAUAAGCUAUGAAUGAAUUCAACAUGUAUUCAGUAUAAGAUAGCAAACGCUGGUUCCUAGUGACUGUUUUGAUUUUUUUUAAAUAUACAAGAAGUGAAGUUUUGCUAAAUCACCUGCAUAUGCAAUUAGUACUUGGUGUAACUGGUUGUAAACACUUCAGAAUUUUAAUCUGAAGCUUAGCCCUUUAGUUCCAUUAUUAAAUGAAGUGCUUUAAACCACAAAAUUGUUCAGUACCUACCGGUUUGUAGUUGCUAUAUUAUGUAACUACAGGUAUAUCAAUUACUAUGUAAUACUCGGUUUCCAGUAAUGCAAAAGCUUAUCACUAAGUUUUAUUUGAACAAUGGACACUACUUUUUACAUCUAAACAUUUUAAAUUGAAAAACAGAAUAAUGUAUCUAGGUCCACAUUUAGCCUUUUCCCAUGGAUAUACAGGAUACAAAACUUUACCCUUAACUGCUUUGAAUUUCUCUACAUUCAGAAAAAUAUACUUCAACAUUAUUACACUUGUUUCACAUUGUUGGAUAUGUUCUAACCCUUUUAAUAGUCUCUCCUCUCCACCUCAGCACUAAGUCUGAAGAAUUGUUGACAAAUGUAAGCAAUGUAAACUGUCCUAAACUAAUACGCAGCGAUAGGAGAUAAAAUAGUAAAUUGUGUUUAAAAUACUCUUUACAAAGUAUCACAAUAUUUGCUUGUAAGCCUGUUAAAUAGCUGUACAAUGAAAUGCAUCUUAUGCAUCCAAUGUGGAUACAGCAAUAUAUUGUACUAGAAAUAUAGCAUCUAAUGUUAUAACUUGGAGAUGAAAUGCCAGGCAGGUAACUGGUGAUGGUCAAAAACAAAUGAAAAACGCCAGAGAUUUUCACUUGAGUUGAUGAGGUCGUUCACGUUGAUUCCAGGCGGCUGUAAAAUUACAUUGACAAAGGGUUGCUAUUCUAAGUUAAUGAGAACCGUGAUUUCAAUUUCUUUGUAGAGAAUAUCCACAAAUAAGAUUUUUAGUUUGCAUUAUAAUUGUGUAAAUAUGUAUAUCUCUGUACUGAAGUCUUGCUCUCUGAGAUUAGAGUUGACAUGGUGGAUAUGGGGGGUUGGGAACAGCAAAAUAUCACUAAUUCACACUGACUGAAACCCAUUGCAAAUGACUGAACUUUGAAUUACAGCAUGUUCCAACUGUUUAUGGGUCAGCAUUGGUCCCAUAAGUGAAUGAAUAAAUGCAAUAAAAAAGCUAAUAUGCCACAAUGUACUUUGUUCACUUUGGUUAUAGUUUUGUUACUGUCUUGAGUGAAUUUAAUAGAAAAUACACUAUGUAUUUUGUAAAAAUGAAGUCUUAAUUCUGAAACCUCACUACAGUGCUCAGCUAUUAAAUCUCAUCAUUUUUGUGAUAUGUUAAGUGUGUGGAUUAUCGAGAUUCUACUGUACGUUGAAUCUUUAGUGUCCUUGCUAAAGGUGGAAGUACUGCAUUAAAGUACUCUAGACAAUGUACUGUAUCUUGCUGUGGUCUAGUACUUUUGAUAUUUGGUUAAAAUUGAAGUGCUGUAUACCCUUUCUGCUCAUUGUAGAUAAAUGUUUCAUGUUAAAAUAGCCAGUUGCAAUUUUAAAACAGCCCUUUUAUGAGAUUAAAACUUCACUUAUCUUUUUUAAGGA